AUGGAACGUCGCCUGCCCAGAACACCACGAAUAAACGAUACAAUUGAGGAAUAUUAUGAAAAAUUUGGUAAAUAUCGAAAUUUGGAAAAAUUCCUACGCAUAAAUUCACCGGCGGGUAGCGAGGCAAUAUCAUCGAACAGUAGCUGUGAAGUAUUGGCGGCGAAAAUGGCAGCUAACAACCCACUGGGUGCCAGCAGCAGUUGUUGUAAAAGUAUGCCCAAUAUACACGAAAACGAGAAGGUACAGUUUUGUGGUGGUGGUGGCACCCUAAAGGAUAUUCUGGUGGAUAUUAAUAUCGAAUUGGAGGAUGAUGCCGUAAAGAUAUUUAGCAACUCUAGUGAAAAUCUUCAUACACCAAAAAAGGCCGGAAAUGGCGUGGCCAUACAAGAAGUUAAAACACCCGACUCCAUUGCAAAGACUCAUCGACGAUUGGAAUGGGAUUCAUUGGGGGAUAUUGGCUAUAAAAAAUCCAUGUCCACAAGUAAUAUAAGUGUGCUGGAGAGAUCAUUGCUAAAAGAGUUCUUUAAGGAGAGCAGUGUCACAUCGGAACCAGCAACUACUAAGUUGCAUGACGAACAAAAGAUAUUGGAAGAGAAACCACAAUCGAAGAAGUUGGAAAAUAAACAAUUGGAAAAUAUGAAAAGCAAUGCCAUGGAACAUGCUACCCCUCCUUUGGCUUGCAGUACAUUGGUUGAGGGUCUUUCGGCCAACGUGAAAAGCCGUGGUGGAGCCAGACCAAAAAUGCUGACAAAAAGUACAUCAUCAACAUCACUGCAAGAGAAAUUUGAAAAAUAUGCUCAAACCUCGAUGGUAAAGCCAGCACCAAGUCGUGAAACUCAAUCUCAAGAAAUUCAAGUAUCCCUCUCCUCAUCGACUUCGGUAAUUGAGGGUACAGCGACGCCUUCAAGUUUUGAAUAUUACUCAUCAAGAUCAUCUAAAUCCCGAUCAUCUAUAUCAUCGGUGGCUGCCGGAACGUCAAGUAAUUUGUCAAAUGCCUGUAUACCACCAUCAUCAGUAUCGGCUCAACAUCCAUUUAUAACAAGUAUUACAGAUUUGUUGAGGAAAAGAAAGGCAUUAAAUGAAAAGUCGAUACAAGCACGUAAUACUCCAACAUCACGGGAAUGCAUUAAAGAUUUGAAAAAUCGCUUUCAAGCUGCCCUAGAGGAAAAUAAAGAAAAUCAAUCGCAUGCCAAUACGACAACCGCAUCCUCUAGUAAUUCUUUUUCAUUGACCCGACAAGCUCCUGAAUUGGAUUUGGGUAUACAGCUGAUAUGUUCCCUUAUCGAUGCGAAAAAAGUUAACGAAAAACAAAAAAAGAAAUUAAUACGUGAUAUAGUUAAACGUCUUACGCGUUUAGUUGAUGAGCAGUCAGCAGUGCAGGAGCAGAACUCAGAGAGGGGAGAUUCAACAUCAUCAAAUAAAUCAAAUGUGUAUGAUGCUGUUUAUUCUCGUCUGGGUAAUGGUUCAUUGCGAAGUAUUCAUGAAUUUCCCAACAAUAAUGGUAGAGCAUCAAAAGCUAGAGCUGAGGAAAGAUCAUUAGGUCUUAAAUCAUUGGACGGGAAUGGGUCCUACAACCAAUGUCUAUCCCAUAUGACUGUAAAUUCGACCAGUGAACAAGAUGAUAGUCGUGGCAAACCUCGCAACGACAAUGGCCGUGUUGUUCAACCUCAUACCGGGCAUAUGAAAAGCGAAAAUCACUCAACAAAGGCUAUGAAACAUAUCAGAGAUGUGCAAAGUGAACUAAUUACCGAAACAAAGGAUAGGGUACCAAAGCCAAUAGAAAUGGAAAAUUUAAUAUUGAAUAUUAAAACAACACGUUCAACACAGACAAGCAAUUCAUCUAAAAACAGUACUGAGAUGUCUAAAAAAUUGCCAAAGACAACAAAUUCAGCAAAAACCGCAUCCACAGCUUCGUCGGAAACAAAUGCCAGCAAAACAACCGGAACAACUUCAACCUCAUCUAGAUCAUCCCAUGAUUUACCCACACAAAAGACAGUGCGAAAAAACCCACCAAUUUCCACCUAUGACACAGAUGGCGAUCAGGCCACCAUGCGUGAAUGGCUUAAUCCGUUGACACAAUCCGAAAUUGAAUAUGAGGAAAAGAAACGAGAAGAAAGUAAAAAGAAGGCCGCCAAAGAAGCUCUUCUGAAACGGGAAAAAAGUCUCAAAAAAUCCAAACAACAACAUAGCAGUUGUGGGCGAGAGAAACAAUUAAAUUGGAUUGAAAGUGAAAUACAUCGUCUGGAGUGUUUGAAACAUUUAUUACUAAAAGAUCAACAACAUCAUUAUCAUGAUAAUACAUCUUCUGUUCUAAUCACACAACACACGGAUAAGCUGUAUGACUCGGUGUACUCGGAUAAAUCAUCUGUUUUAAGUGAAUCCGCCGAACGUUUGGUUAAGGAAAUUGAAGUAAUACUCGAAGAGACCAAUGAAGAUGUUUUGGAAUAUAAUAAUAAUCCGGCAAAAGGUGCGGUUGUCGAAAAUGAAUUUGAGUUGCACAUUAAUAUACAAAAAACUAAACACAAACAUAAGGAAGAAGAAAAUUAUGGACAUAAACAUGACGAGAAACCAAUACAAAGACAAAAAAUCGAUACACCUCCAAGUGCUGGAACAGCCGAUCACAGCCCAGCGGAAGGUGGAGAAAGUUUACGGGACAUGGUAAAGCAAAGAAAACAAGAAUUUAUGGCGUCGUAUAAAACUAAAAAACAAAAUCAUUAUGAUAUUUUAAAGCAACAACAAAAGGUUGAGGCUGGAUUUAAAUAUUUACCGAUUAAUUCAAAGGAAAGGCAGCAGGGUUAUUAUUCAGUUCCCCACACAAUGAAUAGGAGAUUUUCACCCACAGAAUAUGCUUAUCCACAAAGUGAUUUACCACCCACGCCACAGGAGAAAAGAAAUUCCUCCUCAGAAUCAUCGCAUGUGAUUUAUAGCACGGCAACAACCGGAGCAUUUCAAAAGCGACCCGAAUUACCAAAACCCUCAACAUCUGUCACCAACAGAAACAACACCACCACAACAACAACGGCAUCUUCGGCCUCUAUUUUUUGUAUGUCCUCCGAUUGUUCGGUACCAAUGGGUUCGAAAAAUUGUUCAUCCACCCCGACAACUACUCAUCAUUAUGAUGAUGUUGCCGCUGCUGUGGCUGGUUGUGCACAAACAUCCGACUCAUAUCAUGGUGAUAAACAUCAAUUACAACCCUAUAUCCGGAGACAAUGUCCCCAACCAUUAAAAGACGCUAUACAAACCGACAUAGUGAAAGCGGCUGCCAUACAAGUUAAACCCAAGGGUAUUGCAUAUGUUAUCGAAUUUGAAAAUACGAAAGAAAUGAAUAACAACAAUAACUGCUUAAAGAAUAAUGAUGACAAUCUUCAAAAAUCGACCUCGACAUUUACCACAAACAAUCUGAAAUGCAUGGAAAAAGAAGGUCCUCAAUUAACACUGCAAGAACAUUUGGAAAGAGGCAAACCGAGUUUCUUAAAACACAGCAAAGAACGCAAAGCCAUACUCAAUAAACUGCAAUCUAUGCGUCAGGAACGCGAUCGUCAAUUAAGGGAUAUUAUCGAUAAUACAAGUUUUAAUUCCCUGGAGCGACGUUUGAAAUAUCUACCACCGCCACCAAUGCAAAAGUUACGCAUUUUGAAAACCAAGGAAAUGAAGGCCUUAACCAACAAACGGGUUGCCUCUCUUCCCGAAGUUGUUGCCCGCAAACAACAAGAAUUAGAAGAGAAACGACGUCGUGGCAAUCGUAUUUUGCGUGACGUCUUUAAUUUGCGUCUACAAAAACGUGUACGCAGUGGAAAACUAUCGUUGAAUCAUAGCAAAGUUGUUGUAUGA